GAGCGGAGUUGGAGAUGGCUGGGCGGUGGCAGGAAGACGCCGCACAUCAGCACACCGGCACAGCACACUUCGACAACUCUCAUCGGAAAGUCACUCGCACUCAUUCUCCAUCAUCACUACGACGCACACACUGAAUAUCGCAUAGUGCUCGCUCGGACAUCAUCGCCGACAAUACACCUCCGACUGCGACACCCCACAUUCCGCUGAGGCUCCGGGCCUACAGCUUCUCGACAACAUGGCACCCGUGGACGGCUUCGUGGCCAUUGCUCGUGCAGUCAAGAGCGAAGACGCUGCCCCGGACUUGCUUCUAUCAUCCAAUGAACUCGAUCUCUUCAAGCGCGACGACUCUGCCCUUUCACCGAUCGCCCAACAUGACCUCCAGACACGAACUAUCGCUCGACGGGAAGAAAGGGUGGUUCACGGCCAAGGAGCAUCUCCGCCCGAGUCCUUCAACAAUAAGGGCUUCUUCGCCCUCUUCGCACUCCUCGGUGCAGCAAUGGUCAUAGCUGCCAUUUGGUUCUUCUUCUGGGCCAAAAACGGUGGCUUCCAAUUCCAAGAGGGCGACUGGGACGACUACAAAUCUACUGUGCUGCGGAGAAAAGGACCUGACGGCAAGACACUGAGUAAUGCGACCAAAUCUACGAAACUCGGCGGCAGAUCUAUUGCAGGCACACAGCACUACGCUUGGGCGAAGUCACAGGCACGAUCUGUCGUCAGCAGAGAUGAAAAAGGCAGGAAGGGUAUUCUAGCAAAGCGAGGAUGGGGCGGAACACACUCUGUCACAUACAGCGAUGACUUUACCGACACUCUGGGCACUCGAACAGUCACCGAUGGCAUGACGGAAGUCAUGACCGAGUACGACGGAGGCAGUGGACAUCAUUCCAAACGCUACCGGGACCGUGACAUUAAGCAGUACAAGAAGGAAAAGCCAGCACGUGUUGGAGGCAUGAACAGAGUGGCAGAUAGCACCGCCUACACCGAAACCGAUCGCUCCGACAUCAUGACCGAGACUGUUCUUACAGAAUCUUCCGACCAGCCAAUGAUCCCAAAGACCCAAGAACAAAAGGACAAAGCCCGUGCUGAGCGCAGAGCUCGCCACGAAGCUGCAAAAAUGGAGCGUCGCUGGAAGCGCGAAGCAGAAGCAGCAGCAGCAGCUCUGAACCGCGAAGCAGCUCCACCAGCACCACCUUCACAUGUCCGCAAAUCUGCUUCACCAUCCAAGCAUGCUUCUUCCCGACACCACGCCCGUGACAGAUCCGUUUCCCGUUCUGCUAGUCCCAGAAAGCGCGACUUCUCUUACGGUACUGGUCCGGAAUCAGAGACCCUCAGCACAGCCUACACUGCCUCUGAAUCCAACUCUCGAGGUACGAGGACCGCAAGCUACUACGACGAGUACCGCCCCCGCGCGAGCGACAAUCCAAGAUACUCCUCCGAGUUCGGUACCAGGACAGAGAGAAGUCGUACCCGACAGAGCUCACCUCGCAAGAAAGAAACGCGGAAGGGCGGUUACAGGCGUGGUGGACAGGACAGCGACUUGGAUUAAACGUCGCACACAAGAGCUGUCUACAUGUCAGCUGCAGUAGUGCUUGUCACAAGUGUACCUGCACGAGGGCGCAGACUGUUGUGCACUUUUGAAACAUGCGCAAGGGCGACGAAAUACUCCACGCCACGUUUGAUCGUCACAAAGCGCUGACAAACUACGAGUCCGUGAGACUGUCAGCACUAAAGGUGUUGGAAACUACACCCUGCUUGUCCCCAUGGGGUGAGAUUUGACGAAACUCUCAUCCUUGGCAGCGGAUCGCUAGGAUUCGGAACAUGAACACAAGAAAACAAAAAUUACUGCAAGACGCAGACUAGCCACGAUAAUGUCCUCGGUCGUGUGCUAUGGGACAACAAAAAGUAUGAACUCAUUAUUGGGCAGCUCUGCAUGAUCACCUUUUCCUCGGCCCGAAGUCUGCAGGACGGAAAGCUGCACGCACGUAGAAGAAUUUUCUGGAAAAUGGAGCAAAGAGAUCGUCCUUUUCUUUUGGGCGUUAGCGGUCUUAGGCAUUAGAAGGCGUUUGGGCUGGGAUGCGCAAAAUUUGGCGCGAACGAUGGGGAUGUUUUGUGUAUGAUGGGAUGGGGCUAGUUUGAAUGUGCCGAUGGCAAGCGAGCACUGCACAGCGGGUUAUGAGUGGGGUUAAUAGUGUGUAGCCAAGCAGAUACAUGGCAAUAGCAAUGAUGAAAUGGAAUGGAAUGAAAUGUGAAAG